AUGACUUCCAUGGGUGGAAAAAGAGCUACUACAUCCUCUCGCAAAGGAAAACAAGUGGCAGAUUCCGAUGAAAGUGAUGAAUUUGAGAUGUCUAAUGAGGAAGAUGAUACUGAAAAUGAAGCUGAGGCUGACACCCCUCAUUCUCCUGUAGCCCGCAGGACUCGUCGUGCUUCUUCACCUAAAUCACCAAGUGCCCCCUCAAAGCCAGUACAAAUGAUGGAGAAAACCAUUCCUUUGUCAUCUUCCAAUAAGAUGACUGUCAAAUGGCCUAUUCGGGAAGAAAGCGAAGAAGAGGAGGAAGAUGUCACACCGCUCAUUAGCAGAAAGAGAUCCCGAUCUCCUACUUCUUCCGAGGCUCAACCCUACCCUUCUCAAGGAAUUGAACUACGCACGAAAUUUCAUCAUGAGAGUUCUGAGGUUCCAAGAGAUACUCGUGGGCAAGAAGAAGUAGGAGAAAUUAUGCCCGAACCCUCCUCCCUUAGUUUAAUGGACGUUGAUGAAUCAAGUUUCACUCAACAGGUGCAUAGAGCGAUGAGUGAAGAACCCGUCGUUAAACUAAAGGAGGUAGGUGCGAGUAGUAGCGCUGCUGAUCCCGCAACUGUCGUUGAAGAUAUUCCUAUAGAUGAGCCAGGAGAACAGGAAAUUAGUCACGACGUGGAGAUCGACGACUUUAAUGAACAUAGUUUCAAUCUCAAUUUCUCUGAAGAUGACCAUCAACGUAUUUCCGAUCUGCUGUCAGACCAAGCUCCGACUGUUACUGCAGGACCAACUACUAGAGUUGGUUCCACUGAAGUAGAUACAUCAGAAGGUCCCCCGGCUGAAAUUGAACCGUCAGCUAUUGUUCCUCCGAUUUUUGAUACUGUUGAGGCCGAGCCCGUUGCAAUUUCUGAUCCGUCCUCACUUGUUCACGAAGUCGGAGUGUCGAAGGCGACCGUGGAGGAGAAAAUCACCACAACUACUACUCCACUUGAAUCAUCUCCCAAGAGACUUGCUGACUUGAACCCAAUGUCAUCUAAGGUCUUAAUUGAACAAUCCUCUGAUGUAGCAGGUCUGUUAACGAGUACCAUUCUUGGACAAACUCCAGUGGUUAUAGAACCCACCCCGGUAUCAACAAGUCAGGCUCUUCCCUCAUCAUUGUCCGAUCGUAUCCAAGCUUUUAUUGACUUUAUCUGUUCUCAUCGCAGCUCUUCCCUCAUCAUUGUCCGAUCGUAUCCAAGCUUUAUUGGUAGAUGA